CAGUUUUUUAGUUGAGCCGUAAGCAAAAUUGCAAAGAGAGAGAACCAGAAGCGAAAAUGGAAGUAGAAAAGGCGGAAGCAGUGGAAUUAUGGUGCCGAGAAACGUUACCGAAAGUGAUGAAGAUUGUCAGUGUGAGGCUCCCUCUAAGAGACCUAAUUAAUCUUUUGCUCGUCAGCCCUUGGAUUAAUCGUAAUUUGGUUUCUCACCCUUCACUGUGGCUGGUUCUUGAUUUUCAUGAGAUGAGUGAUGCAGGGAAUCGCCUUGUGGCAGCUCUCUCACUGCCGAGAUACCAGAAUGUGAAGCAUAUAAACCUUGAGUUCGCCCGUGAUAUUGAAGACAAACAUCUUGAAAAUCUCAAAAACAAGUGUGGAAAUUCUGUUAUGAAUGUCGAGACUCUUAAUUUGAAUGGCUGCCAAAAGAUAUCUGAUAUAGGAAUUGGAUUUGUAACCAGCAAUUGCUCAAGAUUGAAGGUGUUCUCGAUCUACUGGAAUGUUAGGGUGUCAGAUCUUGGCAUUAGGAACUUGGUUGAUAACUGCAAACUAGUGAUUGAUUUGAACCUGAGUGGUUGUAAGAAUGUCACUGAUGAAAGCUUAAAAUUGAUUGCCGAAAAUUAUCAAGGAUUGCAGUUGUUGAACAUAACAAGAUGUGUCAAGAUAACGGACAAGGGUUUGGAUAUGAUACUGGUCAAGUGCUCCUCACUUCAUAGCUUGAAUCUUUACGCCCUUUCCAGUUUCACAGAUGCCGCCUACAAGAGGAUAUCGCUCUUGACUCACCUUCGAUUUUUAGAUCUCUGUGGUGCUCAGAAUCUGUCUGAUGAUGGCCUUUCUUGUAUAGCUAAGUGCAAGAACCUAACUUCGCUAAAUUUGACAUGGUGCGUGCGCAUCACUGAUCAAGGAGUUGUCUCUCUUGCAGAAGGCUGCAAGUCUCUAGAGUUUCUGAGCCUUUUUGGAAUAGUGGGAGUUACAGACAAGAGCUUGGAGGCUCUGUCAGGCUGCUGUUCAGCUACGCUUACAACGCUCGAUGUAAACGGUUGUAUCGGCAUAAAGAGGCGAAGCCGUGAUGAAUUGCUGCAGUUGUUUCCCAAGUUGGUAUGCUUUAAAGUCCAUAGCUGAAAUGGAGAAAGAUGAUUUGGGUGCAGACUGUCUUUGAAAUUUAACUAAUGCCAUUCCAUGUUCGGAAAGUUUUGGAUGUAAUUCUUUGACAUUUUCCCUAGAAAGGUUGCAUUGGAUAUAGAAUUACGUUGCAAAA